AUUUAAACCACAACCUCUCUACAAAUAAGUGUUGACAGCGUGAUUUUGAUUUGCUGUUUUAAUUUCUUUUUAUUCAACCCUUUAUGCUUAUUAAUUUAAAUACGUGAUUAUUGAGAUCUGUAACAAUGUCAUACAUGCUACAGCAUCUCCACAAUGGCUGGCAGGUGGACCAGGCCAUUCUGUCUGAGGAGGAUCGGGCUGUUGUAAUCCGGUUCGGCCACGACUGGGACCCCUCUUGCAUGGUGAUGGACGAGACACUUUAUAAAUGUGCAGAGAAAAUAAAGAACUUUGCUGUGAUCUUUCUAGUCGAUAUUUCUGAGGUGCCCGACUUCAACAAGAUGUAUGAGUUGUAUGACCCCUGUACCAUCAUGUUCUUCUACAGAAACAAACACAUCAUGAUAGAUUUGGGAACGGGAAACAACAACAAAAUCAACUGGUCUAUGGAGGAUGUCCAGGAGUUUAUAGACAUUGUUGAGACAGUAUAUCGAGGUGCUAGGAAAGGUCGGGGUCUGGUGGUGUCACCAAAAGACUAUUCGACAAAAUACAGAUACUAAUAAAUAUCAUGUAGAUCAUCUUUUUUUCUCUUUUUUUUAAAGUUAACUUGAUAAUGGUAACAGUGGUGUAUGGAUAACAUCCCAACAUAUUUUAAGAAAGUGAAUGGUAGCCCAACAUCAAUAUUAAAACAAAAAUAAUAUAACAGAUUAACAACAAUGUUUAAUUAAUAUAAUUUAAAGCUGCAGUUUUACUAAUGCAUAUUACAAACAUAUCUACUGUGUUAAAUUAUGUUAAACAAAUAAUAUAUUUGUUUGAUUGUGGGUUAUUGUCUUCUUUCAGGAAAAAAAAAUGGUGGGUUUGUCCUACAUCUGUACAAAAUACAGUACAGAAAAAAAAGUUAUAAUUUUCAGCGAAUAGUCAUCAAGAACAUUUGUUGAACAGCAUGAGUUGAAUUAAAUUUAGUUUUCAUCAAUUCUCAUUCAUUUUUUACAUGUAUAAAUAAUUUUGAUCAGUUUAGUUUUGCAACUGAUUUUGAUUAAUGAGAUCAUCACUCUUAUUGUGUUAUUGAUUGCAACAUUGUAAAAUUUGUUCCUAAACAUAUAUUGAGACAGUAUGUUGUAGGAUAUAAUUACACAAUUUAUGUGAAUGAAUAAAAUGUGGUUUGAGACAUUAAAAGUUGUCGUGGGCAGUGCAUGAUGAA